CUCACUCUGUUGCCAUCUGCUCUGAAUUUCCAAACCCUCUCCUCCUCUCCCAUGCAUACUCCCAUGUUGUGGAAACGCUGCAGCCCAAUGGUCUGCGUCUGCUUGGCUGCUUUAAGACCCUCCUACCAGCUGGGCUGAAAAAAGAGGCGGCACUGUGCUUGCAAGCUUCGGACGAGCCCCCUUUUAUCGCCCUGUCAGUGUGGAGGAGAAGGGAAGAAAGAGAGCGAGAAGAGGGGUGUGUGAUCGAGAAAGCGUAUGCGAGGAAAUGAGAGAGCAACUGUGUGACAGAGGUGAAGAGAACGAGUCAGGCUGCUUAGAGUGAGAGACCAGAAAGGAGGAAAUAAGAACAUAUAUUUCUAGAGCAGGAAGAGGGAGGAACGCAGACGAGGGACUCUUUCUCUUCUAGCCGCAAGGGGCACAGUCGCGACUUUUAUCCACUUGACUACUUCAUGAAACCUAGUGGACUGGACUCACCAAUUAGUGGAUUUUUAAUACUCAUUUCUGCAUCCUUAGGAAACUGGAACAAUUCCUUUGUGCUUUUCUUGUCUUGCAAGUCAGAGGACAGUCUGUGUCUGUGCUUGCAUCUCCGUGUGGUCUGUUUUGUGCACAAAGUGCAUCUGUCGGCAAUCGGUGCUGAGGAUAUCUCACCUCUAUCAUACAAGACAUUGUUGGAUCAGACUACAGAGAGGAGAGAGAGUGUGUGUGAAGAAGAGGGACCGAGAGAGAGAAAGUGAGAGAGAGCAUCAGAAUCAGUGUGCAUGAGAGGGAGGACCUUUACUGCCAAGGCAAAGUGAAAUAGCUUGAAUAGAGAAGGGAACCCAUACAUCCUUUCCCUGUUUUCCUUUGCCAUUCCUUUCCUCCUCCUCUCUUUUUCCUCCUGUUCUUCUCCCAUUCACCAAACCUUCACAGGACCGCUUGCUUCUUUUUGCAACUUCUCUUUUCUCUCCAUCCUUUAUCUCUCCGUUAUCACACCUUAUCCAAUACUCGCGGUGGAAAGAGUGUGCUACUCUUGGAUCAAGAACUUGUGGGAGUAUUUCCAUCCAUCCAGGAAGGAGAGACUGAGGGACAGUCUGCCUUGUACAGGGGCUCUGGACCACAUUAACACAUUUGCCAUCCUUUUCCCAGCUGUUGUGCAGCACGCAGACACUGCCUUCCUUCUUGUGGACCCACUAGUGACAGCAGUGUGGACAAGGAAGAAAGGAUUCCUUCAAGCUAUCCACUCCUCCACUAUCACUGUUUGCUACUGAGCAGCUCCCUCCCCCUGUGUCACCAUUCCCUGCCUCAGUGCUAAGGAUUCCAGCUACAUGGGCAAGCGAUUGGAGCAGCAGCCAAUGUACCCUCAGUACACCUACUACUACCCCAAUUAUCUUCAGACUAAGCAGCCCUAUGCUCCACCCCCUCAUCCCAUGGCUCCUCCCAGCCCCAGCACCAAUAGCUGCAGCCACGGAGCGGCGGAGCAGUUGAGUAAGACCAACCUGUACAUCCGAGGCCUGCCACCUGGGACCACUGACCAGGACCUCAUCAAGCUCUGUCAGCCGUAUGGAAAGAUAGUAUCAACAAAGGCCAUUCUGGAUAAGAACACCAAUCAGUGCAAAGGCUAUGGCUUUGUUGAUUUUGACAGCCCAGCUGCAGCCCAGAAAGCCGUGUCGUCUCUCAAAGCCAAUGGGGUGCAGGCGCAAAUGGCCAAGCAACAGGAACAGGAUCCUACCAACCUGUACAUCUCAAACCUGCCCAUCUCAAUGGACGAGCAAGAGCUGGAGAACAUGUUGAAACCUCUGGGUCACGUCAUCUCCACCAGGAUACUGAGGGAUGCCAACGGAGUCAGCAGGGGUGUUGGCUUUGCCAGGAUGGAGUCAACAGAGAAAUGUGAAGUAGUGAUCCAGCAUUUCAAUGGAAAAUACCUGAAGACACCACCAGGAAUCCCAACUCCCACAGAGCCGUUGCUGUGUAAAUUUGCCGACGGAGGCCAAAAGAAGCGGCAGAGUCAGGGCAAGUACCCUCAGAAUGGGAGGCCAUGGCACAGAGAAGGCGAGACUGGCAUGGCAUUAACAUAUGAUCCUGCUGCAAUGCAGAAUGGGUUCUACUCCUCGCCUUACAGCAUCGCCACCAACCGCAUGAUCGCACAGACCUCCAUUACGCCCUUCAUAGCUGCUUCCCCUGUUUCUACAUAUCAGGUCCAGAGUACAUCAUGGAUGCCUCAUCAACAGUAUGUUAUGCAACCUACAGGUGCAGUGCUCACCCCAGCCAUGGACCCCACGAUGUCCAUGCAGCCUGCCAGCUUGAUGGGUCCCCUUACCCAACAGAUGAACCAUCUGUCCCUGGGCACCACCGGAAGUUACAUGACUGCCGCCGCCACUGCAGCGCCUAUGCAAGGGACCUACAUCCCCCAGUACACUCCUGUGCCUCCAACAGCCGUCCCUGUCGAAGGAGUGGUGACGGAUGCCUCCCCCCAGACUGUGGCUCCCUCAUCUCAGGAGGUGACUGGCCAGCAGCAACAGAUUCAGGUGGACGGUACCGCUGACCACAUUUCCGCUUACUCGUACCAGUCCAAAUAGCAACGACCUGAGAGAAUGUUCCUGUGACAGCGUUGCCUUGAGACAGAAGGUGGCUGCACUGUGAAUGUGAGUGGGGGGAGGGGGAGGGGGGAGAGAGAUUGCUUCCAGAUUGUCCAGGCACCAAAAAAGAGACACUUUUUUUCAUUUUCUACCUGGUCAACUAGGGGGAGAAAAAACAAAAGGAAGCAGUGGGUGCUGAGAAAGGGGGUUGGGAUGUUGUGAGGAGGGUACAGUGCAAAGAAGUAAAAUUGUUAAGUGUGAAAACCUGCCUGAAAGGUUGGGGUGAAGCUAGAAAAUUUUCUUAAAGAAAAUUCUCAACCCAUUUAACAAAAGAGAAAGCAAAACCAACAAAAAAUGUACAGACAAAAGACACAAAAAAAACGGUUGAAUGUGAUGGUGAAGCUUAUUUUGUAAUUAGAAAGGGGGGGUCAUGUUGGAGAUACACAGAGAUUGUCUUCCUCAGAUACUAAGCUACAAGUUGUUUUCGAUAUUUUUUAUGUUCUAGUGUUAAAUUUUAGUUUUCUAGAGAUAUUUGGGGGGAAAAAAGUUUUUCAUUUCAAUUGUUUUUCUUUCUUGAAUCUUCAUGGCCUUAAUUUCAAGGGCGCCAGAGACUUUGCAAGUUCAAAUCUGACGUCAGGUUGGAGGGAAGGGUGGUGAGGAAACACAACCGAAACGUAAGCAAAUCGGUAUUUUGGACCCACUUGGAUGGUUCAAGAAACUGGACGAGUCAUUUAAAGAGGAAACAGAAUCUAUCACUUAGCUGUACAGAUUUAAUAGAGAAGAGCUUUUUUUUUUUUUCUUUAUAAGAAGAACGCUUUGAUAAUGAUUAUGUCGAAGGUAACUAUGUGUUAAAAGAACUAAAUCCCUGUUACGGAAAAACUGAAGAGAUUCUUCACAAUAAGGAAAAAAGGAAAAAAAUGGGAGAAACCAUGCGGCGUGCAGAUGCAGUCCGUCGGCAAAACGCUGAACUUGCUUUUUUUUUUUUAUGGUCAUCCUUAUUAUUUACCAGGCAUUGUUGCUGUCAUUGACGUUCCAGCUUUUUAUCUGCCACAUUUUACAUUUUUUAUGAGCUUUGAGAUGUUUUUAGCCCGCUUUGCUUGUCACACUACAAAUCUUAAUGAAAACAAAGGGGGAAAAAAUACAUAUAAAAUCUACAAAAACAUACACAAAAAAAAAAAACUCUGGCAGUGAAACAAAAAACAGUAGAUAGCGUAUAGGAGCUUAUGGUUGAGAUUAAUCAGUGCAAAAGCAAUAGAGGAAAUUGUUGACAAUUUCUGUAGUUUUUCCUAGUUGUGGAUCAAAUGCAGCCCAAGGAUGGCCAUUUUUAUACCAAAGAUGAAGAGAAACUCUGAAGCAGAGGUUGUUGGUUUUUUUUUUCCCGUCUCACUUUUUCUGUUGGUUGUUGUUGUUAUUAACGAUGAUGUUGAUGUAGAUAUUGCCGUUGUUCUUGUUAUUCUUGUUGUUCUUGUUGUUGCUCUUGUUGUUGUUUUUUGCUUUGUUUUUUUUACCUUGAUGGCCGGACCAGAACUUAAAGAUCCUUCAUAACACAGAUGCACACACAGACAUCUCAACCCAUAUUUUGAUGCAUGACAUAGGACCAGUGGCAGUUUUCCCGUUUCUUUACCUCCUCUUUGUUUUGUUUUCAUUUCAAUAUGUCAAUCAGCCUGAUUGCAAUUUUUAAAACAUUGUACAGGGAAAUUCAUCCAAACAAAUUGGGGAAUGUUGCAUACUAUGCUCAGCUAUCGUCGCAGUGUAUUUUUUUCCCAGAUUGCCCCUUUUUCACUUCAUGUGCGAAAUUUAAACCAAAAUAAUGAGGGUUAUUUACUGCAUUUGCUAGGGGUGUACCAAUUCAUGCAUUAUAUCGAUGUAGUGAUUUAUCAAUCUGUGCUUGACAUGUGGCCUUCCAGACGGAAUGUAUCGAUUAUAAAUCUUUUUUUUAAAGGUAAUCAAUCGAUUCUAACGAUAAUAGCAAAAAAUUUAUGUGGAUGCAUGCGUGUGACUGGGCCGAGGUCCACAAUGAAGACUUUCCAGCAAUCUUUGUUUUGCACGCUAGCGGCUAACAUGGUGAUAUUGCUAAGCAUAGCUCAAGUGUGGGUGUCAAGUGUUGUGAUUAUUCUGCAAAAAUGUGGAAACCAGAAAUGUUGAGGUCACAUUGUUGAAUGUGCAACCAAUUGUGACCGUCGAAGAAAUAGUGCGCUUUUGAAAGAAUGGGAGCCUUGAGCACAAUGAGAGAGAUUUUCAUUUUUUUAUGUUUUCAAGCCUCACUUUGUGUUCCAAAGUGCAGGUUUGUUCAUGUUUAUGAGCCCGACAUGUGUUAUUGACAGUAUUCCUGAAACCUUUUCCUCGUGGAAACUUUGUGGUGCUCGAUUUUUAGCCAGAACAGGGAUUCUCUUAUCUUAUAGGUCCAACCAUGAAUCAAAUUGUUGUUCAAAUGAAUUGUUACACCCCUAAUUGUCAAUUACAGUGGAACAUCUGAAUUUAACUGUAACUGGUUCUAACUUUGUCCAAACCGUCACUUGUCAUGCAUUUCCGUCAGUGAGCUCACGUCUUAUCUCGCGAGAUCACACCUGUGUGACUAUCUAAAAAAAAAAAAAAAAAAUCAAAAGCUGUAGUUUGUCUUUUGUUUGGUUUUUAGUGUGUUUUUUUUUUGUGAUUCAUUCCAAAUGCCACCACAGGAGAAGUUCUCAUCAAUACUAAAUGCGGGAAAAUGUGAUUUGAAUGUGACAUUGUGUCCCUGGCCUGUCAAUAUAUUUCGACAAAAGUGAAAAGCGGGAUAAGCAAACGUACAUGAGGGAUGGUGACAGCCCUAACAAAAUGUUAGUCUGUUUCUCCCUCAUUGGGCUGCACAAACAAACCACGGACCUUUCCAUCCACAAGGUACAGAAGGUUUCAAUGAUUUCAUUAUAGGGGAUUGUCCUCAAAAUUGCCUGCUGGGCAUUUCUGUCCACUUGAACCCAGAUUAACACCCACUCCCACCUACUAUGGUGCUGGAACUUUUUUUUUCUUCUCCCUGCUUCACUGCCAUCACUAAUGUGCAAAGGCCAAGACAGGAUCCUUCACUCUAGUUUUCCAUUCACUGUCAUUCCAUGCCUCGUGCCCCCCCUCAUGCCCUCUACGAGGUUUUUAUUUUCUUGAUUUGGUGGUGCAGAAGCAGAACCACAAACCAAUUUCGGUCAUCCUCUCAAUGAGGCUUGACGGGUCCAAUUUGUUUCCCCCUGGGACAAUCCGAUCCACUCCGGUGUCCCUCAAGAUAACAGUUUCUUCCAGAUAAAAGGGGCAGAUUUGUGUUUGGCGAAGAUUGCAAUUGAGCCCUCGUUGCCGAUUGGACUAUUCAAAUCUUGAGUCUGGUGCUGCUGUACUGCAUCUUGGGAAAUGAUCAUCACUAGCAGGGGUCCCAGAUUGCAAUUAAUGAGAUAUCCUAUCUGAGAUUGUUAUUGAUUUCAUAGUGGAAUGUGUUGAAAACAAAAUGACACGUUGGUCAUUUGCAGAACCAUAUUCAAAAUUAAAGUGGAAAAAUGACAUCACAAACUCACCCAAAUGUGAGUUUCCUCUAGACAGCGACAUAAUGUCGUGCUGUAGAUUCUUCGAUUUUCUAUGUGCGCCAUCCGUACUGCAAAAAAAUGCAAAAUCAUUUCCAGUCAAAAGUAAUCUGAUUACAUUUGAGCUAAUAAAAUAAGAUUAAUCUAAAAAGUAACUUUCAUCCUCAUGCCACACUCACGGAGUCUGCUCUUGACAGUUUGUGCAAAAGCAUGCACAUGAGUAGCCGACAGGAGGUUCCUGGCAUCGCUCGAGCUAUCCUUGGACAAAGGAGUGGUCAGGUCCUCCUGCUUGUGCUGCGCUUCUGGUCCCCUUGGCCCAUCUCUUCCACAUGCAUGUCACUGACCUUUAACACAGCAACACCUUCUGGAUCAUCCACUGGUGCGAGGGCGCUACUUGCCUGUCCUUUGCACAACACCAUAUGAACUUGACUUACAAUUGUGUACUUGCAUCCUCUCUUGAUGAACUGAGAUCCAACAAGUGUGGUUGACUUUUGAGCACUGUAUGUUCUUACAAUCCAAUUGUAUGCCGAGUGCCUUUUAACAAAGCUUUCCUAUCGUUCUAAAUGGCCUGCUUGUUGUAUUUAAGAAGUAAAGCACAUUAAGAGCUUCAUUGUAAAGUGGAACCCAAAAUUAAAGAUUCUAUGUGGUGCUAAAGAGGGAGCUGUUGCUGGCUUGUGCCUUCAGCAUUGGUGAAAAGCUUUCAUCUAUGCAUCCCCGAGAUUUGAAACAGUCUCACUAUUUGCCCCCACCUCGAGUUUUAAUAUCUCUCGACGUCAAAUCCCGAUGGUCUCUCAGUGGCCAUUUACGAUGGUCACGCUGAAAAUGUUCAAUCGAAUCAACCUCAGCCUUUCUGCUUUUGUUUGACCUCCCACUCCCCCAUGCAUACCUGGUGGUUUACUCCCUAUGAAAUUCCUGGCACAUUACAACUCCUCAGCCCCACUUUUAUUUCCUUCCUGUCGUUUCUUCGUCUCCCCUGCGUACGAAGGGUUGUUUUACUGAGCAAUUCUGUGUUUAUCAACGCGGGUAUGACGACGGCGUAGCUAUAAAGUUCUCCUGACAUUAAUUAUCCAAAUAGGAGUCAUAAUACAGAAUGUGCACAUUGGCGAGUGCAGCGAUUCCCAGAAAUGACCUGAGAUUCAAUAGUAAUGGAAUUAUGAGAGAGGGGAGAAAAACACCACAAAUGGGAAGACAUGCAUCAUUUUUGCUAAUGGAGAAUCAAUGCAGAGCAAGAGGCACGAGUUUGCUCCCGGUACACAUUUAUUAUGGCACCCCCAUAGAUGUGAAAUAUGACCAAGCUAAACAAACAGCAGUGGAGUUUUCUUAAUGGCACACGAGCACGACUGCGGCGUUGGUGCGCUUGCUGCAAAUGAUGUCUUAUUUACAUCAGCUUUUGUCCUCGUCCUCAUCAUCAUUCAUGGAUCAUUUCAACCCUGCUCACAUUCGAGACAAUUUACACUGUGUGUUGUCUUCUAAAUCUGUAAAGUGGAUGCCCUCUACAGGUGGAAAUUUUGCACUUGCAAUGUAUUUAUUUGUCUGGUCCGGUUUAAUCACAGCUGUUCGCUGACAAAUGAUAAAUGUAAAGUUUAAAAUUCAGAGGCCACAGCGACUAUUCUUUGAAUAUUAUUCUUGACUUACCGUCACAUUAGCCAUAUUGGACUAAGCAUCCAGGACAGGGAUGCACCUACAGAUUCUCUGAGCCACAUUUUGGGUUUUUUUUUUCCCCAACACCGGUACUCUUCUGUGGUGGCAUGUUAAAAAAAAAAAAAAAAAAAAAACGUAAUUGUCUUGGUGCUCACUAAGUGAUGUUUCAUGAGAUGAGAUUGCAUUGUCAUUUUUGGGAGGGGGUGUUAUUGUUGAUCAUACAAAUGUUUAUCCGCAAAAGGAAAAUUACAUUUUCACUCGUGCACCUCACAGUCAACUAGACCACACUUCUGCAGCUUUGCAUCCAUUUGCAAUUCCUUUUGCCCUCACAAUCGCACACAUAACAGUGGGAAUGGUAAAUAUAACAAACACAUUUGACUGUAUGUUGUGGUAUUGUAAUUUUCUGUAUAAUGUUUGUGUGAAUUUGAACAGUUUGUUGACAAUAUGUUGCCUGCAGGCAAUCAGUAAAUGACCCUCUUUUUUUUCCCUCCUUGAACAUCACAUCAAGUGCUUUCCCUUUUACAAUUUUAAAAAUGUUGCUACGGGAGUAAAUGUUGAGACAACCUUGGACAACUCAAUACACUAACUGGAGUUUCUUCACAUUCAUAUGCUAAGAUAUUUGAUUUUGAUUUUUUUUUUUAAUACAAAGAAGUGGGGGGGAGCUUUUGUAUCUUUCUCUGCUCUUUUGAGGUGACUUACAACUUGAUUCCGUUUUAAGUGUGUCAGUCUUCGGUCCUCUCUCAGAAGCGCUUCAGCCAUCCUGAAGUCUGAAGCGACCUUAAGGCUGCUCCUGUUCGCUCACUUACUGCUGCCAUCAGGUAUAAGCUAAGAUGUGGCUCACUAACUCAUCCCAGGCCGGGCCGAUAUACACUCGCAUGCACAUAAUGCAGUGAAAAAAUUGCUCCGAGUGCCCUCCAACAAAUCCCCCCCCCCCCCAACUCCCUUUACACACACACACACCGUACCCAAACAAGAACAUAGAACUCCUGCUUUUUAAUUGAUGUUUCGGUUAACUUUUGAUGAAAGCUAUUGAUUGGCCACACAGGCCUAGAAGUGCAGUCAUGAGUUAAAUCAGCUCCUUGAGAAAUACACCAUACAUCAAUCACUAAGAAAAAGCCUGACCAGAUGAAGAUUAUAAAGCAUGAUAGCUAAAAGGAUUCAGUGUAGGGAUAAAACUACUUGGACAGCAGAGUGGCUUUUUGUUCUUUUUUCAUUUCUGUUGCUUUAUUCAAUUUUUAUUUUUUUAACACACUUGUUUUCAGCACCGGGCAGGACGUGGUCACACCUCGGACAUGCUGCACAGCGUGUGCGAUCUUUGAAAAGCUAUCUGUACAUCUGUGGAUGUGAACUUGGAUUUAAUGAGUCGCUUUUUUU